CAUCAAGCACCAGACGUGUCUGGUGCUUGAUCUCUCUUAAAAAAGAAAGAAAAACCACCGAUUACUUGUUUAUGUAGUGUUGUAUUGAUUGAUCAAUGGCAGAUCCUCGGUCCGUCGUACCCUACCAUGACCCGUAUGACAGCCCUAUUGACUAUGAACAUCUAAAUUUCAUGAAUGAUGCAAAUCCAAGCCUUGCAGGUUUAUCCUCUGACAAUGAACCUACCCCAGCAAUUCCUGAAUCAUUCAGUGGCAGUGCAAAUGCCAAUGCAAACAUUUUGGAUCCUAAUAACCCAUAUGAGGAUCCAAUGGCUUGGAAUUUUUAUUAUGAAAAUCUUAGAGUGCAAUCUCAUGAGGCUGGUCCGUCACAUCAGAAUCAGGGACAAAGUUCUUUUGGACCAAUUCCUUAUGCACCAUUUCCUAACGCGUCAUUUCCCAACGCAUCAUUUCCUGAUGGACAAACUUCAAAUGCAUCUGGAAGAAGUGAAGAGAUUUUCCUUGAUGGGAGGAAUAUUGCUGUUUGGCCACCUGAACCAGUCCCUUUUCAAUGCACUUGCUGUCAAGUUCUAAGAGAAAUAAUCCACACUGAUGGAAACUAUACUACAAAACUUGAGAUACAUGGGAGAAUGGGUAUCAUCUGUCAUGCUAUUCUUGAGAACCGGGAUCAUGUCAAGGCAAUUCAUCCUCAAUAUUAUAUGUUUGAUUUCUGCAAGAAAAGCUUGGAGAAUGUGAAGGAAUUUCUGCAGAAGUAUUGCGAUGACAGAAGGCAGGCAGGCUUCAUUAUGGUCCAAGAUCCACACUCAUUCUUCUAUGAAGCCCUUUGUGUUGGAUACGAGUGGACGGACGAUUUGCAUUUUGAUGAAUUUCACGAUCCAUCCCCACCAAAUUCAGACUUGCAAGCUGGAACUUUAACAGGGGAACGACAAGCAACGAAUCAUGGAGAGGGAGAGAUUGAGACAGAGAGAACGACUCGAAGCAAUCUUGCACUACAGAGGGAAAGAGCAGGAAGGUUGACACUGGAUGACUUUAGACAGUAUUUCCAUCUCCCUAUAGAAGAUGCAGCGAGGAGGUUGCACUUGUGUCCCACUGUAGUGAAGAAGAUAUGCCGGAAAUUCGGGAUGACUCGAUGGCCACACAGAAAGAUCAAAAGCAUCCAUAGGCAAUUAACAGAUCUCCAAGUACUCUUAAAUUCGAACGAUGCAGAAGAAAGGGUACGUGCACAAGUAGAAAUCAUGAGGCUUCAAGAAGAAAUAAGAAAUGCUUGUUCUGGGUCCGCUGGAUGAUAUUGUUAUGUGCAUAACAUGCGUGUUCAUAUUAGACAAGCAAGCUAGUUAAUUAAGUUAUUUUUUUUAUUUAAUUUUUCUCCUAGGAUUGUGAAAUGCUGAGUAGAGGAGGCAUUUGAAUUUAAUUUGUCAUGGCAGUACUGAGACACUUCUUGAUCAGAGAUCGAGGAGAUUUUGUUGAUUGUGAUUUUAUUUUGUGGCUGUAAUCUAUAAUGCACUAGCAAAAUAUUUAUCAAUAGCUAUCCUUUUGCUUU